AUGUCCUCCCCCUCACCAAAAACCCUCUUCCUCCUCGGCGGCAGCGGCUACAUCGGCACCCAACUCAUCCACCAAGCCACGCAGCCCCCCCACAACUUCACCCACAUCCGGGCCCUCUCGCGCACCCCGCAAACCGACACGCACCUCGCCUCCCACGGCGCGACACCCAUCCGCGGCGACCUCAGUUCCCAUUCCACCAUCACAGCGGAAUCCCGUACCGCCGACGCCGUCAUCUGCCUCGCGACCGCGUACACCUUCGGCCAAACCGCAUCCUACGACGACCUCGGCCUACCGGAGGACUUCGCCGCGCUGGACGCCAUCGCCGCCGGGUUAUCCGGGAGUGGAAAGCCUCUUGCCCUGGCGAGUGGGACGCUGCUGUACGCGCCGCACCCGGAGGGGCGGGAGACGGACGAAUCCUCGCCAGUGGAUCCGAACCCGAUCAACACCCGCUCCAAAACGGAUGCGUAUGUUCUAUCCCUCGGGGAGAAGCACGGGUUCAAGGCGAUGAGUGUUCGGCUGGCGCCGUUUGUGUACGGGCGGGGCGGGAGUGGGCUGGGGAGUUUUAUGCGGCAGGCGCAGGUGACGGGGUCGUUUGUGACGGUGGGCGGAGGGGGCAAGUGUACGACGACGGUGCAUGUGGAUGAUGCAGCCGGUCUGUUUUUGCUGGCGGUCGGGAGGGGUGGGGCUGGGGAGACGUUUAACGCGAGUGCCGAGACGCGGGUGACCUUUGCCGAAAUCUUCGGGGCGUUGGCGGAGGUGCUUGGGGUGAGGGUGGUGGAUUUUACGGAGGCAGAAGCCAAGGAAAAGCUGGGCGAGAUGGUGGCUAGGUUCUUGGGGACGGAGAAUCGCGCGUCCGGGGACAAGGCCAGGAGGGUGUUGGGGUGGGUGCCUUCGGGGCCGGGGGUGUUGGAGGAUAUUCGGUCGGGGUCGUAUACGGAGUUGGCCCGGGAGUUGAAGGGGAAUUAG